AUGAAGAAUCAAUUUCAGGCCCACGAAACGUGCGUGAACACAUUGCGAUGGAACCGCGGCGGCACCCUUUUGGCAUCCGGCUCCGACGACAGAAGGGUGAAAAUAUGGAACCUAGCCGGAGAUUGCCUUACAGUUGUCGAAACUGGUCAUCAUGCUAAUGUAUUUGCCGUUGAAUUCUUGCCCGCAGGUAAUGAUCGUAUUCUGAUUUCCGCUGCUGGUGAUCGUCAGGUGAAAAUGCACGACAUCGACGGAUUAAGAGAUGAACCAAUCACUUGGACCACUGGUGGAAGAGUGAAGCGGUUGGCAACUGCGCAGGAUGAGCCCUACUUGUUUUGGUCUGCUUCUGAGGACAGCUACGUUAGGGAAUACGAUGCUAGAACCAACGCGGAAAGAAAGCUUAUUAAUACAGAAGAAAAGCAUGUGAAGUCGUUCGCAGUCUGCCAAGGACGCACCGAACUUGUGGCUGUCGCUACGGAUGAAGCUGCUGUUCCUAUCUAUGAUAGGAGAAAGCUGGAUAAGCCGUUGCUGACGUGUGUAAAUGCUGACGAUAAAUGCCACAGUAAUUUUACUUACACCACUCAUGUUUCUUUUGAUGAGAUGGGAACGGAGCUUCUUGUGAAUCAGGGCUGCGGUCCCAUUUAUUUGUUCAAGCUGAAAUCAGAUGAUCGACCUACGGUGUUGCAGAAAAUCAAAUCAAUAAUUGAAAGUGAAGAAGAAGGUCUUAUAAGUAAAGUGUUACAGGCAAUCGAAAUCUACAGCCGAGCUCUCAGCCUCUCUCCCGGUAACUACGAUAAAAGUAUACUUUUGGCAAACCGCGGUAUGGGCUACCUUUGUCGCAGGUGGGAAGGCGAUUCAUAUGCCUGUGUCCGUGAUUGCGUUGAGGUGAGGACAGCACUGCUUCUUUAUCCCGGGAAUUCGAAAGCCUUGUGGCGAUUAACACGAUCUUUGAUGCUUCUGGAGCAGUGGGAAUUAGCACAAGAGUGUAUUGAAGUUUUCAAAAAACGAUUUCCCAAUGAUCGCUCUAUAGUGAGACUAUCUGACCAGAUAAGUGUUGCUAUGGAUUCUGCACAUGCUCACCAGUCGCAUGUCAUGUGCGAUGAUACCAACGUUGUCGACUAUAGCGUGGAUAGAAUACAAUUUUUUAUAGAGAGAUUCUGUGGCCAGACGAAUACCCAUACCGACAUAAAAGAAGCUAACUUUUUCGGAUCGAGAAAUCAAUAUGUUGUCGCCGGAUCUGACUGCGGAUCUCUGUUGUUAUGGGAGCGCAGCUCGGGCGUUCUUGUUGCUGCAUGGAGUGCCGAUCAAUCGAUUCUCAAUAUCGUCCAACCACAUCCCAAUCAAUUCCUGUUAGCUACAUCCGGUAUCGAAGAAGUGAUUCGAUUCUGGCAACCAAUGGAGGAGGGCAAAGAGUGUGAGAGACGAAUAGCGGAACCGUGGUCGCAUUUUGGCCAACGCAAUCGGCAUUCUGCGGACGAACGAGAUAUAUUUCUACGAUUCAUUGGAUCUCGAAUGAUGGGAAGAAGCCCUGAACGUCCAGAAUGUGUGACAAGCUAG